CUGGCUGAGUCAUUUGCGAGUGGUGCGGUAUUGUACGCGUGACGGAGCCCGCGGUAGUGGGAGUCAUGGUUUCUCGCCGGGCGCUGCACUUCGUAUUCAAAGUGGGAAACCGCUUCCAGACGACGCAUUUCUUUCGUGAUGUCCUUGGGAUGAAGAUUUUGCGGCAUGAGGAAUUUGAAGAAGGCUGCAAAGCUUCCUGUAAUGGGCCUUAUGAUGGGAAAUGGAGUAAAACAAUGGUGGGAUUUGGGCCCGAGGAUGAUCAUUUUGUUGCAGAAUUGACUUACAAUUAUGGCAUCGGAGACUACAAACUUGGCAGUGACUUCAUGGGUAUCACACUCGCUUCUAGCCAGGCCGUCAGCAAUGCCAGGAACGUGGAGUGGCCACUCAGUGAAGUUGCAGAAGGUGUUUUUGAAACCGAGGCCCCAGGAGGAUAUAAGUUCUAUUUGCAGAAUCGAGAUCUCCCUCAGUCAGAUCCUGUAUUAAAAGUAACUCUAGCAGUGUCUGAUCUUCAGAAGUCCUUGAACUACUGGUCUAAUCUACUGGGAAUGAAAAUUUAUGAAAAAGAUGAACAGAAGCAAAGGGCUUUGCUGGGCUAUGCUGACAACCAAUGUAAGCUGGAGCUACAGGGUAUCAAGGGUACAGUUGAUCAUGCAGCAGCUUUUGGAAGAAUUGCCUUUUCUUGCCCGAAAAAAGAGUUGCCAGACAUAGAAGACUUGAUGAAGAGGGAGAACCAGAAGAUUCUGACGCCCCUGGUCAGCUUGGAUACCCCAGGAAAAGCAACAGUACAAGUGGUCAUUCUGGCUGACCCUGAUGGACAUGAAAUUUGCUUUGUGGGGGAUGAAGCAUUUCGAGAACUUUCCAAGAUGGAUCCAGAGGGAAGCAAAUUGUUGGAUGAGGCAAUGGCAGCAGAUAAAAGUGAUGAAUGGUUUGCUGAACAAAAUAAACCAAAGGCUUCAGGUUAAUAGAAGACCUCGUUUGGAACGAGCAUUUGUGACUCCUGUCCGGCACCUGUGAGCCUGAUGUGUCCGUUCAUAAUAAAUGCCCUACAACUUGGUUGUUUCCUGUACAGGCAAGGAGGCCAGUGUGAUUAAGAUUUGUGAUUUCCCAUCUUUGAGAGCUCUAAUACAUUACAGAUAUGAAAUCCUGUUAUUAUUGUUCCAAAUAGAGGUGAACUCUUGCUGUGAUCUACUGUGUCACUGGAAUGACACAUUCUGUGUGUAACUGUAUUAAUAAAUUAUUUUACUGAGAUGGGACAGCUAUAUGGGACAUUACCCUUGGUUGAGGAUAGAGGAAAUUUUGAUGAGUUGUGAAUCAUGUAAAAUUUGUGAAAGCGCAACUAUUCAAAUAAAUUCAAAGUAAUUGUUUGUGACAGUAAUAUUCCCUGCACCUGAUGAAGAAUCAUUAAUCUUAUGCCAUUCCAGUGUCUUACUCUGUCAGAUCUUUACAUUUAAACAAUGUUAAUGUUCCUUGGACCAAAAGAUUUGGUUACUUGACACCCUCAUUAUCAUCCUUGCUAUUUUAAAUUCUGAGGAAACAGAGAAAACAGACAGGAAGAGUUAAUGUGCUGAGUGUUGCCACAUUCUGGCUUCGUGUUAGUUUCUUUUAAUGUUUUCUUGUAGUUUUCUCUUUGGUUCUUUAGAACAAGUGGAUUUUAAUCACUGAAAACAGAAUUAUAUUGGUUAUAUCCAUUAUUUUUUUGUGUGUAUGUGUGCUUCUAAUAUCAAGCUGUUACACCAGUCUUUGAGACUUUGGGACUCAUUAUUUACAGUGGUGACAGUUUCAAAAUUUUAGGGAAAAAAACUGAAGAUAAUUGACCCAGAGGAUACGAGCUUCAGAAUAACAUACAUAAAAUUACUUGUAAGUCAUAGCUUCAGCAGUUCUCCCUUGCUGGCGGGGUAUCGCAUGGAAAUUUCUGGGUGAGUUUCAGCUCACCUUGUUAUUAGGGUACUCUUACCUUCACCGAGAGAAAAGAAUCUUCAUCCAGCCCCACAACACUUCUCAUUCAACUUUAAUUUAAAUUCUCUAUCUUGGGGAAGCAAUCACGAGUUUCAGAGGAAACCAAACCAAGUUAUGUAUGCUCCUUCUCUAGGUGAUUAGUUCACUUUCUGUAUACACGGGCAAAUUAUUUUAUAUGGAUUUUGAAUAAUCAGAUAAACUUCUUGGUGUGCCUUUAUACUAUGAUUUGUGAAUUCUCAGAUUUUUCUAUUGGAGUAAGUAAUUCUUGACGUUUAUUGCUAGUAAUACUGUCCUUGUGGGGUGGGGAGGAUAAAACAAAUGUUUCCAAUGUACUAGGAUAUUGUGUGAUAUGGACUUGUAAGUUUGUUAAAAUAAGUGGUUUACAUAAGUACUGAAUGACUAACACAUACUAAAUUUUUCUUUAUCUGACUAUUUUGUAUUUUAACACACCAAAAAUUUUUUUCUCUUAAAUAUACAGCCACACAUGAUAGAGGGCAUCAUGCGUGGUAGAAG